AAAUCCCAUCAGACAUAAUGUUUGAGGUCGGUGAGGCAAAUUUCUCUCUUCACAAGUUCAUGUUGGUUGCUAAGAGCGGUUUAAUUACAAAGAAAAUAAUGGAGUUGAAGGAAGCAAACCUGACGAAGAUCGAUCUCUCAGGCAUCCCUGUAGGGGCAGAGAUCUUCGAGACGGUAGCCAAGUUCUGUUACGAUGUCAACUUCAAGAUCAACGUUAAAAAUGUUGCCGCCCUCCGCUGUGCCGCCAAGUAUCUUGAAAUGAUUGAAAAAUACUGCCAGGAUAAUCUCGCUGGCCAAACAGACGAUUUCCUCCCUCACGCAGCGUUAAACACCUUAUCAGCCACCAAGAACUUCAAAAUCUUUUACAAGAAUUUAUGGACAGCUUUGUUUGUCGAGAACUACAAACCUAUGGCCAGUGCCCAAAAUCGACUUGCAGUAGCAGUUCAAUG